AUGUCGGAGACGAUUGGAUCCGCAGCCUCAGGGCAUCCGAAUCUCAACCUAACGGCCGAGGAAAAGCGAGUCUACGGCCAGCUCCUGAAAGAAGCUGACCCCGAUGGGUUCGGAGCUGUCUCUGGAGAUGUGGCCGUCAAAUUCUUUGAGAGGACAAAGCUGCCACCGGAUGUCUUAGGACAGAUAUGGCAGAUUGCCGAUACCGAAAAUCGAGGCUUCCUCACGCCAGCAGGAUUUGGAGUUGUGCUCCGACUUAUUGGCCAUGCGCAAAGUGGCCGUUCACCUUCAGCUCAGCUUGCAACUCAGACUGCGCCUCUUCCUCGAUUUGACACUCCCCAAUCCGAGCAACUGGCCCAACCCCUUCCCCCUCCUCAACCCAUUCAACCUAUUGUCCAGCAAUCCACUGGACCUCCUGCCAGCCCGACUCCUGCGGCUCAUCCCCCGAUCCGUGUGCCUGCUUUGACGCCAGAAAAGGUCGCAGAAUAUUCGACCAUGUUUGAGAAAUCAGGCGCAGAGAACGGACUACUCUCCGGACUGCUAGCUAAACAAAUAUUUGAAAAAGCGAGGUUGCCCAACGAAGUUCUUGGGCGCAUAUGGGGGCUUUCAGACACGCAGGGUCGGGGCGCCCUGGAUGUCACGGAAUUUGUGAUCGCUAUGCACCUUCUGGCCUCGUACAAGUCAGGCCAGAUGCGCGGUGUUCCCAGCACACUUCCUCCGGGCCUUUUUGAGGCUGCAACUCGUCGCUCGGCUGUACGGCUAAGUAGUGGAUCUCGUCCGGGCUCAAGUACUAUUCCCGCGGUGAACUACAGCGCCCGGCCACAAAGCCCCAUCACGAGGCAGCCGCAAGUGAGUACGCCGUUAUCGUUGUCGGCGCAGUCGACAGGAGAGCCAUGGGCCAUAACUCCGGCCGACAAAGCUCGAUUCGACAGUAUUUUUGCGACUGUCGAUCGCCAAGGAAGAGGGUUUAUCACUGGAGAGCAAGCAGUCGAGUUCUUCGGAAAUGCUAGGCUACCAGAGGAGAUCCUGGCCCAGAUUUGGGAUUUGGCGGACAUCAACUCUGAGGGCCAAUUAAACAGGGACGAGUUUGCAGUGGCCAUGUACUUGAUCCGACAACAACGAGGAACGAAGGAUGGACGAGGCAUCUUGCCAUCCGUUCUUCCCCCUGCUCUCAUCCCUCCCAGCAUGCGAAAGAUGCAGAUUGCUCCCCCUCAGCCAACCGCUCCAGCAUUCGAAAAUGCGGCGCCGACCAAACCACGUUCUGCCGCCGAUGACCUGUUUGGCCUCGACGCAUUCGGUCCUGCUCCCACGGUACCUGCGGUCGCUCCUAUCCAAGUACCUCAAUCAACGGGUGGCACUGACGCCGGCCCGUUCGCGAACCCCCCGGGUGUUUUGACCCCACAGACGACGGCCACAACCUUCAAACCAUUUGUGCCAACCAGCUCGUUUGGCCAAAGUAUCAUCCCACAGGCAACCGGAUCACCAGCGCCACAGCCGAGAGCGCAACCCGAUGACCUGCUCGGGGACGCAGAUCCAGAGAUCAGCUCGAAACUCACAAACGAAACCAGCGAACUAGGUAAUUUGUCCAAUCAAGUCAGCAGCUUAUCUACGCAAAUGACAGAACUUCACACGGAUAGAAGGCAAACUGAACAAGAGCUGUCCAGCGCAUCUGCUCAAAAGAAAGCGUUUGAAGGCCGAUUGGCUCAGCUCAGGUCUCUUUACGAAAAGGAGGUUCAAGAAGUCAAGGUGCUCAAAGAACAACUAACAGCUUCCAAGAAUGAUACCAAGCGGCUGCAGCAGGAAAUGGCCAUGAUUGACGGGACCCAUCAAGAUCUUGCAACACAGCACCAGCAACUUCGUGCUGCACUGGAAUCUGACCAGCGUGAAAAUGCUUCGCUCAAGGAACGCAUUCGGCAGCUGAACCAGGAGAUUGACCAGCUCAAACCGCAGCUCGAAAAGAUCAAGUCGGAUGCGAGGCAACAGAAAGGUUUGGUUGCAAUCAACAAGAAGCAGUUAGCUACUAACGAGGCCGAGCGAGAUAGAAUAAAGGCCGAGAUAGCUGCUGCUCAGAAGGAAGUUGAGGACGCGCAACGAGAGGCCGAGGAGUCGGCUCGACAAGUGGAAGCCUCCAAGAAGGAGUUGGAAGAAGCCCGGAAUAUUCCAAUGCCUACGGUCAAGAGCCCUCCUGUUGUGAGCCCUGCGCCAUCUACGAACUCCAAUCCAUUCUUCAGGCGGACAACGGACACGACUUUCCCACCUGCGGUCGGUGCGAGUGAACCAAAGGACCAACAAAGUGCUUUCGACAGCAUAUUCGGGCCGUCGUUUGCUACUGCGGGUCCUGCUCCCACAACGUCUUUCUCUGCACAACCAUCGACUCCAGCUGGGCAACAAAUUCUCCCACAGCUUGACUCACCGGCCCCUUCAUCUACACCUAGAGACGCUGCUGAACCGCCAGCUCCACCCCAGUCCCGACAGAUCAGCUCGGCCGCGCUUCCUUUCCGCAGGCCGCUUGAGAGAGAAGAUUCGAUCAGCUCCUCCGUCAAGGUUGCGGCACCGGCCAGCAGGCUUAGUCCCAGUGACACCCCUCAAGCACUGACUCCUGCGUCUACCGCUAGCCCGGCUGAGCACAAGGACCCAAGCGAAGACCCCUUUACAGCCGCCGCACCAGAUGAAGAACAGGAAUCUGUUCGUAGAACAUUGCCUCAGCCCACCGCCGGAGAAACAACUGUUGACGAAACUUUCGGUCAGGCAUCAGCCGACCAAGCGAAAGACAUUCCAGGAGCAUUUCCAGGUUCACGGUCUGACACUCCAGGUGUUGACCCAACUGUGAUUGCUGCUGGAGCUGGCGCUGCAGCGGUGGCUGCUGGUUUAGGUGCCGCCGCCGUCUCCGCCACGACCAAUGGUGAUAAACCGAACGAUGCACAACCCUCAGCGCCCAGCAAGAGCCUUGAGCAGAACUUUGAUGACUUCUUUGGAAGCGCGAUACCGCGAAGUUCAGCAUCUCAGAAGGCUGCGGACUUUGACUCUGCUUUUGCUGAGAUGGGCAAGCCGAAGGUCGCACUAAAUGAAGAAUUUCCUGCUAUCCAGGAAGUCGGCGACGACGAGGAUAGCAGCGAAUACAGCGAAGACGAGACACCCAUGAAAUUCGACGACGAUUUCAAUGCAAAAUCUCCACCUCGAGAGAGUCCUACCGAUGUGGCAACUGGCAAGCGACCGGAGGUCGCACCCGAGCUCAGCAGCACCCUGUCACCACGCCCUGCCACUGCCGGCUCUUUAUCAAAUGCUAGCUCACUACCAGGGGUGGAAUCGCAACAAUCCCCGCCUACUUAUAACGAUGCAGUGCCUGAGGACAACCCAAGCCAAUUUCCCCGAGAAUACAAAGGCUUGCUACCAGAGCGUGAAGACCCAACUUCACCAGUUCCGACGGCCGGUGGUUCUAGUCACCCUGCACCUCCCCCUAGUGGCGUUCCGCCAGCAUAUGGUCCUGAAGCCCAAGCCAGAAGCCCCUCAGACAGUAAACCCACUGCGCCACCUCCCACCGCGAGUGCACCGUUUGACUUUGACUCUGCAUUUUCAGGCGUGGGGGUGGCCCCAGUUGAAGAAGACGAUGACGACGAGGACGAUGAUGAUGCUGUCUUCAGUCCGCCGAAGAACGCUGCACUUGAGUUUGACCCGACUUUCGAUUCUCCUCCGCAACCCCCGCGGGCGCAAUUCUCUUCAGCCCCAGUCACAAACGGGGCUCCAAAGCUUGAGAAUGACGAUUUCUAUUCUGCGGUCACGACAUCUGGACCUCCUCAGCAAGCACAGCCGGCAACAUCUCCGAUCUCUCACGACUGGGACGCUCUCUUCGCACCACUGAACACAAAUGCAAAUAACGCGGCGUCGUCACAGCCAGCAUCUGAUUUCCCACCAAGUCAAACACAGGCCGUUGAAGUUUCCACGCCCUCACCACCACCAGGCCAGUCGGGUGUCUCUUCGCCACCCCCGACUAUUGUCACGCCAGCACAGACGUCGCCCCCGCCAAGCUCAAAAGCUGAGCGGCCUCAAAUCGGUCGAGCUCUGAGUACGGGUACGGAGCACGAUGACCCAAUCCUCAAGAGAUUGACUGCCAUGGGAUGGUCACGCGAGGAGAGUCUUGCGGCACUGGAGAAGUUUGAUUAUAACAUUGACAAGGCUGCCGAUUUCCUGACCUUCCGCUCUUGA